AUGCAUCAUUAUUGGUUUUAUACAAUAAAAUCUAAUUUGGGGUAUUCAAAUACAGGUCCAGUGUAUUACAAAGGUUUCUACCAUCUCUUCUACCAAUAUAACCCCAAAGGUGCAGUUUGGGGUAAUAUUGUGUGGGCACAUUCCGUUUCUAAAGACUUGGUCAAUUGGGAGGCUCUUGAACCGGCCAUCUAUCCUUCCAAAUGGUUUGAUAUCAAAGGUACAUGGUCCGGUUCGAUAACAAUUGUACCGGGUAAAGGACCGAUUAUCCUCUAUACCAGCCUUAACCAGAAUGAAACUCAGAUGCAAAGCUACGCAAUCCCUCAAGACCCAUCGGACCCUUACCUAAGAAAAUGGAUCAAACCGGACGAUAAUCCGAUCGCAAUGCCGGACUAUACCAUGAACGGUUCUGCGUUCCGUGACCCGACCACGGCUUGGUUUUCGAAAGACGGUCAUUGGAGAACCGUUGUGGGGUCGAAGAGAAAACAUAGAGGAAUCGCUUAUAUAUACAGGAGCCGAGAUUUCAAACAUUGGGUCAAAGCUAAGCACCCGGUACACUCUAAAGAAUCAACCGGUAUGUGGGAAUGUCCUGAUUUCUUCCCGGUUUCUUCAACCGACUUUAACAACGGUUUGGACUUGGACUAUGUUGGUCCAAACACUAAGCACGUGUUGAAGGUUAGCUUGGACAUAACUCGGUAUGAGUAUUACACGCUUGGCAAAUACGAUCCUAAGAAAGACCGGUACGUACCGGACGGUGAUUCACCCGAUGGUUGGGAUGGUUUAAGGUUCGAUUAUGGUAAUUUUUACGCAUCGAAAACAUUCUUUGACUACAAAAAGAACCGAAGAAUCUUGUGGGGUUGGGCCAAUGAAUCGGACACCGUUGAAGAUGAUAUGUUGAAAGGUUGGGCUGGUCUACAGGUAAUUCCAAGAACGGUGCUUCUUGAUUCAACCAAGAAGCAACUAGUAUUUUGGCCUAUUGAAGAAAUAGAGUCAUUAAGAGGUAAUUACGUCCGAAUGAACAAUGAAGACAUCAAGAUGGGUCAAAGCUUAGAAGUCAAAGGGAUCACUCCUGCUCAGGCCGAUGUUGAACUAACGUUCUAUAUCGGAAGUCUAGAGAAAGCUGAAACGUUCGACGCGAGCUUCACGUUUAAACCGUUGGAGUUAUGUAACAUCAAAGGCUCGCAUGUGACCGGUGGUGUGGGACCUUUUGGUCUGAUAACAUUAGCCACUCCUGAUUUGGAAGAAUACACUCCUGUCUUCUUUAGAGUCUUUAAAGACACUUCCACUCAUAAGCCUAAGGUUCUCAUGUGCUCCGAUGCUAGACCUUCGUCGUUAAAGCAAGACAAGGGUCCACUCCCAAAGGAUAGGAUGUACAAACCAUCUUUUGCGGGUUUCGUGGAUGUUGAUCUAUCUGAUGGAAGGAUCUCUAUGAGGAGUUUGAUUGAUCACUCGGUAGUAGAGAGUUUUGGAGCUUUGGGAAAGACAGUUAUAACGUCAAGAGUGUAUCCAGUGAAAGCAGUAAAAGAGAAUGCACAUUUGUAUGUGUUUAACAAUGGAACACAAACUGUUAACGUAGAGAGUCUUAAUGCUUGGAGCAUGGAGAGUCCUUUGCAAAUGAACGAUGGAGCUCUUUAA